AUGUCAUCCUCAAGUUCCUCAACGGUGUAUAUCAUCUUCUAUGAAGACAAAAACUUCCAGGGUCGCUCUUAUGAGUGCAGCUCUGACUGUUCUGACCUACACUCAUACUUCAGUCGCUGUAAUUCAGUCAGAGUGGAGAAUGGAAACUGGAUGCUGUAUGAAUUCCCUAACUAUAAAGGACACCAAUACUUUCUAAGAAAGGGAGAAUAUCCUGAUUUCAAGCAAUGGAUGGGUUUCAAUGACUCCAUCAGAUCUUGUCGCUUAACCCCUCAGCACCGUGGCUCCUUCAAGGUGAGAAUCUAUGAAAGAGAAGAUUUCAGAGGACAGAUGAUGGAGUUCACUGAGGACUGUCCCUUUGUGCACGAGCAAUUCCAUUAUCAUGAUAUCAACUCCUGCCAUGUCCUUGAGGGUUACUGGAUAUUCUAUGAAGAGCCCAACUACAGAGGCCGUCAGUAUUACCUGAGACCUGGAGAGUACAAGAGAUACACUGAGUGGGGAGCCACAAGUAGCCGUGUUGGCUCUUUUAGAAGAGCCACAGAUUUAUACUGA